GCAGGUGAAGGAUUAGAAUCCUGCUUUCGGAAGGCAAGCUUCAAACAUGAGAAAACUACGUCGUUUGCCCUGAUAAAAUUGAUUUAGAACUUCUCAUAAUCGUCACAAAAUGCCUAGAAAUGGAAACCGAGGAGGAGAGAGCGCACCGGCGCCAUCACGUUCAACUUCGGGUGGCAGACUCCGGACACGGCCGGACGCGCUUUUGGUGGUAUGCAGGUGCUUCAGCUUGGUGACUUCGAUCAGUGCUCUUCUGUGCAUUGCCGUCAACGUUCUCUCUGCUAUUCGCUCCUUCAAAAAUGGAUCCGAUGUUUUUGACGGGAUUUUUAGGUGUUAUGCGGUUUUGAUUGCGUUUUUCGUGGUUCUUGCUGAGACUGAAUGGGGAUUCGUUAUGAAGUUUUGGAAGGUACUGGAGUACUGGGCUGGCAGGGGUAUGCUGCAGAUCUUUGUUGCAGUAAUGACAAGAGCUUUCUCUGAUGAUUCUGGAAGCCAGAAAGAUCUUGUUCUUCUUCAAAAUAUAGCAUGCUAUAUGCUUCUUGCUUGUGGUCUAGUUUAUGUCAUUUCGGGAAUCUUAUGUAUUGGCUGGAUCAAACGUUCUCGUCAACAGAAAGAAAUGACAAGGGAGCAAGCAGUCAAGGAUCUAGAGGAGUUGGAGCGGCGUAGGGAGGAGCUUGAACAACUGCUCUUGGCAGAAAGUGUUUAAAAGACAUUUUGUCUGGGUGACCUCUUGACCAUUUUAUGGUGAUACUUUCAGGUUUUCAUUGUCAUAUUCAUUUUAUUCUAAAUUGCUUUACUGUUGUUGUAGUAGUAGAUUCAUAAAGUUCAUGUGUGCCUUUGACUCUUUUUGUAGAGAAAAUUGAUGUUGUAUUUCAGUAGCAUAAUGAACCGUUUGAUGCUUCCCAUGAACUUCAAUUAAUGGAAAAUUUAUCCACUGCUAUUUUAUUGUA